AAUUAAUAUUAAAUAUUUGAAAAAACCUCAUUCACAUACCUGUCAAACAACCAUCCACUUUCUCUCUCCCUCACUAAAAACCUCUCCACUCUUCACUUCAGAGAAGCUCCCAAACAAUGUCCCCUCCCUCUGCUUUCCCUCAUUCACAUAACUGUAAUUUCCCUCCAUGGCCACACCAAAAUCUUCAUUUCGCAUCGCACCAUCAUCUUCUUCACAAUUCCCUCCAUGGACACCCUUCAAAAUCCCAUUAAAACCCUCCAAAAUCCUCUGUUCUCGAAACCCUAAUCCACCCUCUCCUCCAGCACCCAUAAACCUAAUCUCAAUUCUUCGAGUAAUACCCGAUUGGGCCGAUGCAAUACAAGAGAGUCGUUUGAAACAGAAGAGGCAACUUUACAAAUACGAAGAUUGGGUUGAACACAGAAGCUCUUUGAGACAUCUCAGGCAUCUGCUGUCAAGUCUGAGUUCUAGGGUGGUUUUAUCGUUAGUCCCACCGGUUAUUGCCUUCACGACGGUGGCUGUGGUGGUUGCGAGUUACAACACGGCGGUGUUUUGGGAUUUGUUGCCGGAAUUUUUCCCGAUUUUGAGGGCUUCUUCUUUGCCUUACCAGUUGACAGCUCCGGCGUUGGCGCUUUUGUUAGUUUUCAGGACGGAAGCUUCGUAUUCAAGGUUUGAGGAAGGGAGGAAGGCUUGGACGAAGGUGAUUUCAGGGACAAAUGACUUCGCUCGACAAGUGAUUGUUAGUGUGGAGACAGAUUCUGUGUUAAAAACAGCGCUUUUGCAGUAUAUUCUGGCGUUCCCGAUUGCUCUUAAGUGCCAUUUGAUUCAUGGAUCCGACAUAGGAGGAGACCUCAAGAAUCUUCUUGAGGAUAAUGAUUUAGAUCUAGUUCUGAGUUCAAAUCAUCGUCCACGUUGCAUUAUCCAAUUCAUCUCUCAAAGUCUCAAGUUGCUGAAUUUGGAAUCAUCAACACUAACCACGCUAGAAUCAAAAGUUACGUGUUUCCAUGAAGGAAUUGGUGUUUGUGAACAAAUCACAAGCAUACCUAUCCCUGUUUCCUACACUCGUUUGACUUCAAGAUUUCUUGUUCUAUGGCAUCUCACCCUUCCAAUAAUUCUGUGGGACGAUUGUCACUGGAUUGUAGUCCCCGCUACUUUCAUCAGCGCUGCUUCUCUAUUCUGCAUCGAAGAGGUGGGGGUUCUGAUUGAAGAACCAUUUCCGAUGCUUGCUCUGGAUGAGCUAUGCAAACUGGUUUAUGACAAUGUUCAAGAAACAUUAAAAAGUGAGAAAAAGAUUCGAAAAUUACUUAACACCAAAAUUAAGGAUGCUGUUUCUUCUAGAAAACACACAGCAAAUGGGCACCCAGCUUCAGGAGGUGGACAAAGUAUUUGGCCUAAUAAUUCCUCAAAUAGUAUAGACAAUUGACGUAUCUUUUAUAUUUACACGAGGAAUGAUAUGUUUUAAAAGGCGAUGUCUAAUACUGUAGAUGUUUAUCUUCCAUUAUUAUUGCAUCUGUAUAUAUAGCUAUAUCUGUUUAUAGGAGAAACAAGUCCAUAAUUUCGUGUAAUACAUUAGCAAAUUAUUUAAAGUCGGAUGCCAAUAAUCAAAAAUCAAAAACCAAUACAAACAAGAUUGUUAAAUCAACAAUCACUUGUCAAUUAAACUAGUCAACAAGUCAUCCAUUCGAGGUUAUAAUCUCCCAAUUUCAAUUUCUUGCAUUUUGCAGAGUCUGAUGCUUGUAUCAAAAGUAACCCUCCAAUAUUACACUUUUGCCCACUAUUUUGGGUUCAAACUUGUUCAAGCCUGCUUUUUGGCCAAUCUUUAUAGCCUCAAGGGAGGUAGCUUCUUUGUUCCCACCCCAAAUUGGCAAAACUUCCACCACCAACUUCUGCACCAAAUUUCCCUCGACCCCCUUCAAAAUCUCCUCAAAGUCAACAAUACCCCCUCUUAAAUCCAGCAACACACUGCACAGUCCUUCACCUUUACAAUGCUCCAAGAUUGUCCCUAACUUCAAUUCAUCAAAAACCCGUGUCUCGAUCCCCUUUUCAGAUCCCACUCCUGUCUGUUGAUCCGUGAAUAUGACCACCUUUGAAGCUGAUUCUUCAAUCUGAAUCACUUGAUUUGGAUCUUUUGCAAUUAUAACUCGCAAAGGUUGGUUUGAUUUGGGUUCUUUGGAUUCAGGAACUGAAUACUUUUUUAAUGAUUUUGAAGAAAGCACAACUGCAUCGUGUUCUUGUAAUAGCCUUGAGUAGUAUCCACCAGCCUCCAUGGAUUCUUCCCCAAGAUCAUCUGAGAGACCACCAUCGAUAGUGAGAGAGUAUCUGUAUUUCAUCAAGACAUUGUUAUGUACUUAUUUGAAUUGUUGCUUUUGUUUGUUUAAUUGUUAAAACUGAUGAAUAUUGUGAAUAUUGUUUGUUGUAGUGUAAGAUUUUGUCUUAUUCAGACUGUUUAUUCGGUUAAGAAAACAAACUUUGUAUAUAGGAUUUAUCUAGUAAGCUAUAUAUAGGUGUUUCUUUAUGUUACAUAAAGAGACAUGAAAAUGAGACUUAUUUU